CGCUCCUGCCUGCUGCUGCACACUCUCCACCGCCUCCGCUUCUCUGGACACUUGGACCCCGGGAAGAACCAUGAAGUGGCUGCUGCUGCUCAGCUUGGUGGCACUCUCUGAGUGUGUCCUGUACAAGGUUCCUCUGGUCAGAAAGCAGUCCAUGCGGCAAAAACUGAUGCAGCAUGGCCUGCUGGAGGACUUUCUGAAGACGCGCAACUUCAACCUGGCCAGCAAGUACUUCAAGGAGGUCGCCGACCUGGCAGCCACCCAGCCCCUUGAGAACUACAUGGACGUGGAGUACUUCGGCACCAUCGGCAUCGGAACGCCCCCCCAGGAGUUCAACGUCAUCUUCGACACCGGCUCCUCCAACCUGUGGGUGCCCUCCGUCUACUGCUCCAGCCCUGCCUGCUCCAACCACAACCGCUUCAACCCUCAGCAGUCCUCCACCUACCAGGCCACCAGCCAGACGGUCUCUGUGGCCUAUGGCACCGGCAGCAUGACAGGCAUCCUCGGAUAUGACACCGUCCAGGUCGGAGGCAUCGCCGACACCAACCAGAUCUUCGGCCUGAGCGAGACGGAGCCCGGCUCCUUCCUGUACUAUGCGCCCUUCGACGGCAUCCUGGGCCUGGCCUACCCCAGCAUCGCCGCCUCCGGGGCCACGCCCGUCUUUGACAACAUCUGGGACCAGGGGCUGGUUUCCCAAGACCUCUUCUCCGUCUACCUGAGCUCCAAUGACCAGAGUGGCAGUGUGGUGAUGUUCGGUGGCAUCGAUUCUUCUUACUACACUGGAAACCUGAACUGGGUGCCUCUGUCCUCCGAGACUUACUGGCAGAUCACCGUGGACAGCAUCACCAUGAACGGCCAGGCCAUCGCGUGCAGUGGGGGCUGCCAGGCCAUUGUCGACACCGGCACCUCUCUGCUGGCUGGCCCCACCGAUGCCAUCGCCAACAUCCAGAGCUACAUCGGAGCCAGCCAGACCUCGAACGGCCAGAUGGCGGUCAGCUGCUUGGCCAUCAACAGCCUGCCCGACAUUGUCUUCACCAUCAACGGCAUCCAGUACCCGCUGCCCCCCAGCGCCUACAUCCUGCAGAGCGAGCAGAGCUGCGUCAGCGGCUUCCAGGGCAUGAACCUGCCCACCGCCUCCGGAGAGCUCUGGAUCCUGGGCGACGUCUUCAUCCGCCAGUACUUCACCGUCUUCGACAGGGGCAACAACCAGGUCGGCCUGGCCCCCGUGGCCUAAGCCUGCGUCUUUCCGGCUCCUUCCUGGGAAGAUCCGCCCCCCCCCCACCCCUGCACUCUGUACCCACCCUAGGUGUACAUAAUUCUCCCCACUGCCCUGCCCUUGAGAUUAUGGAGGUGGAAUCUUGGUCCUGACCCCUGCGACGCCAAUAAUGUAGAAUAAAACAUGACCUCCUGAAAAAA